CAGUAGGAGAUACACAGAGCUAUAAAUAGAACAGUGAGGAAUGAAUCAGCCAAUCAGCAAAGAGCAUCAGUGUAACUUUAAAGUGAUAAAGUGUAAAGUGAUUGUCUUUUAAGGACUGAUUUUGUUCCAUUAUUAAUAAACAAUGUAAAGUAUACUUUCUCAGUAAUGUACUGUGUACAUCUUUGAGGUUUAGAGUAUCUCUAAACUUUAUUUGGAGACUGUGGAGCUCUGUUGUAGACCCACACACAAGGAACACCUUACAUAUUCAUUACCUGACAAAUAUAUGAUUAUGGCUCUGAUUUUAAACAGCACCUGGUACACUUAGAUUCAAAGCAUGAAUCAUAAAUCCUGUUUCCACUGCUGGUUUGAGCUCGUUAGGUAUUUAGGAUCAAUGUGACUCUUCAUUUUGCUGUAAUGUGGGCUAAAAUUGUAGGGUUGUGUUAUUCUGUACAGUAUCUGUCGCUUUGACCUUGAAAGGCCAAGCUGUGGUGUUCUCCUACCUUAGAAGAGGCAGUGUUCUGUUGCUAUGGUGUGUUUGUGUUUGAAAGUGAACAGCUGCUACUGAUCCGUCUCUCCCUGAGCCUGCAUACCUUAGUCCCAAAAACCACAGGGCGCUGUAAGAAAACCCUACAUGUUAUUUGAAAACUUUCCGAAUACAUUUUAUCACGCUUGGAUUCCUGGUCAAACUGUCACAGAAAAUAAAUGAGAAAGGGAUUCAGAAUUUGUUGACUCCUGCUCACCAGGAGGGGUUUGACCAAAAACCGUGAGACCUAGAGCGAUUGUGGGACAGCAAAGGCCUGAUUAUACAAACUGACCAAAAAUGGUGACUCUAGAGCGAAAUUUGUCGCGAUGAGGCCAAGUAAAAAAUAAUCUUCCCUGAAAAAAGAACGACUGAGAGCAUAAGAAAAGGGCACUAGUCAGGCUGCAUCGUGUUGCAUUUUUUUGUUUUCUUUUUAUUUGAUUCCCAGUUCCACCUGGGCCACUGUGGCUCAAUGGAAGGUUUUAGGUUUGAUUCCAGCUUUCCCCUGUCACAUGUCGUUGUGCUCCUGGGCAAGGCAAUUAACCUAAAAUUUCUCCCUUAGGGAGCAAGCUAAUCACUGCUCCCUAAGGGAUGUGUUAAAUGUAGAAGAGAGAUUUAGUUAAAAAAAAUAUUCUUUUAUUAUUAUUUCUUUGAGUUAUUGUUUUGUUUCUUGCAGCAGCAGCACCCUAUUCAGCACACGCUGCCCUGUAAAAACCCACCUAUGCCAAGAGCUGGCUCUAACCUGACUAAAUCUUAUGCCAUUUCCAUGUACACAGUCAGAAUUAUGCAACAGAAGGUAAAAUACUCAUUUUUUGAAAGGCUAGCAAGAGCCGUUACUUUGACCAGUUUUAAUGUUAUCACAUACUGCUGACAAACUGCUUUGAUCCCCUGUGACAUCAUAGGCUGUGACAUGUUCCUUAGAAUGGAAUUGUGUGCUCCUUCUUGCUUGCCUUCCAUUUAACUUCAACUGUUGAUCAGUCAAGAACACAGAUAAAUCUUUGAGAAAUCGCUGAAAUGCAUUACUUUUUAUUUGAAACUUUAAAAAAUAUGGGAAUUUGUGAUCUUGAUGAUCCAGCAGGUUGCUUCUGCUGUAGAAGAGGUUGGUUUUGUUUAAUCCACCGGAAACCACAGGACCUCGAGGCUCCAGAAACACAUUUGAAGGACUCAGAAGGUUGCACCGAAACGCCUCUUUGACUUCAGCAGAUCCUGUAAUCUUUGAAAUACUACAAAGAAAUCCUUCUAUUAUCCACAACCUGAAUUUGUAUACUGAUAACCUGAAGCAAAGACCCUCUAACAACAGUCAUCAAGACUUGACUGAGAAAAGACAAACGUCACAGGUUUCUGACCCAAACUGUGUUUAUGCUAAGAUCCAGACAAAAGUAGAGACAACUAAUAAGAAGGUUCAACUCUUCAAUUCUAAAAACGAUUGCUCAAACAGAACUCUGCCAGACACAGAAUCAACUAAGGCAAGGACCCAACAGGUUUCCAGUACUGGCUAUGUGUCUAAUGUGGUUCAAAAGCCAGAUGAGACCACUGACAAUAUGACUCAAGCAUCUGAGACAAAAUCUAAAUAUAAUCCUUUUUCUAAAGCCCAAAGUGCUUCAGAACAACAGAAUCUUAAAGACUUUGAUACACCUCUGAAUCAGAUCAGCAAUGGAUCCAGAAACACAUUUGAUGGAUGCACAAAGUUGCACCGAAACACCUCUUUGACUUCAGCAGAUCCUGUAAUCUUUGCAAUACCACUAGGAAAUCCUUCUAUUGUCCAGAACCUGAAUUUAUAUACCGAUAACCUGAAGCAAAGACCCUCUAACAACAGUCAUCAAGACUUGACUGAGAAAAGACAAACGUCACAGGUUUCUGACCCAAACUGUGUUUCUGCUAAGAUCCAGACAAAAGUAGAGACAACUGAUAAGAAGGUUCAAAUCUUCAAGCCUAAAAAUGAUUGCUCAAACAGAACCCUGCUAGAAACAGAAUCAACUAAGGCAAGGACCCAACAGGUUUCCAGUACUGGCUAUGUGUCUAAUGUGGUUCAAAAGCCAGAUGAGACCACUGACAAUAUGACUCCAGCAUCUGGGACAAUAUCUAAAUAUAAUCAUUUUUCUAAAGCCCAGACUGCUUCAGAACAACAGAAUCUUAAAGACUUUGAUACACCUCUGAAUCAGACCACCAAUGGAUCCACAAACACAUUUGAUGGAUGCACAAAGUUGCACCGAAACGCCUCUUUGACUUCAGCAGAUCCUGUAAUCUUUGUAAUACCACUAGGAAAUCCUUCUAUUGUCCAGAACCUGAAUUUAUAUACCGAUAACCUGAAGCAAAGACCCUCUAACAGCAGUCAUCAAGACUUGACUGAGAAAAGACAAACGUCACAGAUUUCUGACCCAAACUGUGUUUCUGCUAAGAUCCAGACAAAAAUAGAGACAACUGAUAAGAAGGUUCAAAUCUUCAAGCCUAAAAACAAUUGCUCAAACAGAACCCUGCCAGAAACAGAAUCAACUAAGGCAAGGACCCAACAGGUUUCCAGUACUGGCUAUGUGUCUAAUGUGGUUCAAAAGCCAGAUGAGACCACUGACAAUAUGACUCAAGCAUCUGGGACAAAAUCUAAAUGUAAUUCUUUUUCUAAAGCCCAAACUGCUUCAGAACAACAGAAUCUUAAAGACUUUGAUACACCUCUGAAUCAGACCACCAAUGGAUCCACAAACACAUUUGAUGGAUGCACAAAGUUGCACCGAAACGCCUCUUUGACUUCAGCAGAUCCUGUAAUCUUUGUAAUACCACUAGGAAAUCCUUCUAUUGUCCAGAACCUGAAUUUGUAUACUGAUAACCUGAAGCAAAGACCCUCUAACAACAGUCAUCAAGACUUGACUGAGAAAAGACAAAUGUCACAGGUUUCUGACCCAAACUGUGUUUCUGCUAAGAUCCAGACAAAAGUAGAGACAACUGAUAAGAAGGUUCAAAUCUUCAAGCCUAAAAAUGAUUGCUCAAACAGAACCCUGCUAGAAACAGAAUCAACUAAGGCAAGGACCCAACAGGUUUCCAGUACUGGCUAUGUGUCUAAUGUGGUUCAAAAGCCAGAUGAGACCACUGACAAUAUGACUCCAGCAUCUGGGACAAUAUCUAAAUAUAAUCAUUUUUCUAAAGCCCAGACUGCUUCAGAACAACAGAAUCUUAAAGACUUUGAUACACCUCUGAAUCAGACCACCAAUGGAUCCACAAACACAUUUGAUGGAUGCACAAAGUUGCACCGAAACGCCUCUUUGACUUCAGCAGAUCCUGUAAUCUUUGUAAUACCACUAGGAAAUCCUUCUAUUGUCCAGAACCUGAAUUUAUAUACCGAUAACCUGAAGCAAAGACCCUCUAACAGCAGUCAUCAAGACUUGACUGAGAAAAGACAAACGUCACAGAUUUCUGACCCAAACUGUGUUUCUGCUAAGAUCCAGACAAAAAUAGAGACAACUGAUAAGAAGGUUCAAAUCUUCAAGCCUAAAAACAAUUGCUCAAACAGAACCCUGCCAGAAACAGAAUCAACUAAGGCAAGGACCCAACAGGUUUCCAGUACUGGCUAUGUGUCUAAUGUGGUUCAAAAGCCAGAUGAGACCACUGACAAUAUGACUCAAGCAUCUGGGACAAAAUCUAAAUGUAAUUCUUUUUCUAAAGCCCAAACUGCUUCAGAACAACAGAAUCUUAAAGACUUUGAUACACCUCUGAAUCAGACCACCAAUGGAUCCACAAACACAUUUGAUGGAUGCACAAAGUUGCACCGAAACGCCUCUUUGACUUCAGCAGAUCCUGUAAUCUUUGUAAUACCACUAGGAAAUCCUUCUAUUGUCCAGAACCUGAAUUUGUAUACUGAUAACCUGAAGCAAAGACCCUCUAACAACAGUCAUCAAGACUUGACUGAGAAAAGACAAAUGUCACAGGUUUCUGACCCAAACUGUGUUUCUGCUAAGAUCCAGACAAAAGUAGAGACAACUGAUAAGAAGGUUCAAAUCUUCAAUUCUAAAAACGAUUGCUCAAACAGAACCCUGCCAGAAACAGAAUCAACUAAGGCAUGGACCCAACAGGUUUCCAGUACUGGCUAUGUGUCUAAUGUGGUUCAAAAGCCAGAUGAGACCACUGACAAUAUGACUCAAGCAUCUGGGACAAAAUCUAAAUGUAAUUCUUUUUCUAAAGCCCAAACUGCUUCAGAACAACAGAAUCUUAAAGACUUUGAUACACCUCUGAAUCAGACCACCAAUGGAUCCACAAACACAUUUGAUGGAUGCACAAAGUUGCACCGAAACGCCUCUUUGACUUCAGCAGAUCCUGUAAUCUUUGUAAUACCACUAGGAAAUCCUUCUAUUGUCCAGAACCUGAAUUUGUAUACUGAUAACCUGAAGCAAAGACCCUCUAACAACAGUCAUCAAGACUUGACUGAGAAAAGACAAAUGUCACAGGUUUCUGACCCAAACUGUGUUUCUGCUAAGAUCCAGACAAAAGUAGAGACAACUGAUAAGAAGGUCCAAAUCUUCAAUUCUAAAAACGAUUGCUCAAACAGAACCCUGCCAGAAACAGAAUCAACUAAGGCAUGGACCCAACAGGUUUCCAGUAUUGGCUAUGUGUCUAAUGUGGUUCAAAAGCCAGAUGAGACCACUGACAAUAUGACUCAAGCAUCUGAGACAAAAUCUAAAUAUAAUCCUUUUUCUAAAGCCCAAAGUGCUUCAGAACAACAGAAUCUUAAAGACUUUGAUACACCUCUGAAUCAGAUCAGCAAUGGAUCCAGAAACACAUUUGAUGGAUGCACAAAGUUGCACCGAAACACCUCUUUGACUUCAGCAGAUCCUGUAAUCUUUGCAAUACCACUAGGAAAUCCUUCUAUUGUCCAGAACCUGAAUUUAUAUACCGAUAACCUGAAGCAAAGACCCUCUAACAACAGUCAUCAAGACUUGACUGAGAAAAGACAAACGUCACAGGUUUCUGACCCAAACUGUGUUUCUGCUAAGAUCCAGACAAAAGUAGAGACAACUGAUAAGAAGGUUCAAAUCUUCAAGCCUAAAAAUGAUUGCUCAAACAGAACCCUGCUAGAAACAGAAUCAACUAAGGCAAGGACCCAACAGGUUUCCAGUACUGGCUAUGUGUCUAAUGUGGUUCAAAAGCCAGAUGAGACCACUGACAAUAUGACUCCAGCAUCUGGGACAAUAUCUAAAUAUAAUCAUUUUUCUAAAGCCCAGACUGCUUCAGAACAACAGAAUCUUAAAGACUUUGAUACACCUCUGAAUCAGACCACCAAUGGAUCCACAAACACAUUUGAUGGAUGCACAAAGUUGCACCGAAACGCCUCUUUGACUUCAGCAGAUCCUGUAAUCUUUGUAAUACCACUAGGAAAUCCUUCUAUUGUCCAGAACCUGAAUUUAUAUACCGAUAACCUGAAGCAAAGACCCUCUAACAGCAGUCAUCAAGACUUGACUGAGAAAAGACAAACGUCACAGAUUUCUGACCCAAACUGUGUUUCUGCUAAGAUCCAGACAAAAAUAGAGACAACUGAUAAGAAGGUUCAAAUCUUCAAGCCUAAAAACAAUUGCUCAAACAGAACCCUGCCAGAAACAGAAUCAACUAAGGCAAGGACCCAACAGGUUUCCAGUACUGGCUAUGUGUCUAAUGUGGUUCAAAAGCCAGAUGAGACCACUGACAAUAUGACUCAAGCAUCUGGGACAAAAUCUAAAUGUAAUUCUUUUUCUAAAGCCCAAACUGCUUCAGAACAACAGAAUCUUAAAGACUUUGAUACACCUCUGAAUCAGACCACCAAUGGAUCCAGAAACACAUUUGAUGGAUGCACAAAGUUGCACCGAAACACCUCUUUGACUUCAGCAGAUCCUGUAAUCUUUGUAAUACUACAAAGAAAUCCUUCUAUCAUCCACAACCUGAAUUUGUAUACUGAUAACCUGAAGCAAAGACCCUCUAACAACAGUCAUCAAGACUUGACUGAGAAAAGACAAAUGUCACAGGUUUCUGACCCAAACUGUGUUUCUGCUAAGAUCCAGACAAAAGUAGAGACAACUGAUAAGAAGGUUCAAAUCUUCAAGCCUAAAAACAAUUGCUCAAACAGAACCCUGCCAGAAACAGAAUCAACUAAGGCAAGGACCCAACAGGUUUCCAGUACUGGCUAUGUGUCUAAUGUGGUUCAAAAGCCAGAUGAGACCACUGACAAUAUGACUCAAGCAUCUGAGACAAAAUCUAAAUAUAAUCCUUUUUCUAAAGCCCAAACUGCUUCAGAACAACAGAAUCUUAAAGACUUUGAUACACCUCUGAAUCAGACCACCAAUGGAUCCAGAAACACAUUUGAUGGAUGCACAAAGUUGCACCGAAACACCUCUUUGACUUCAGCAGAUCCUGUAAUCUUUGUAAUACUACAAAGAAAUCCUUCUAUCAUCCACAACCUGAAUUUAUAUACCGAUAACCUGAAGCAAAGACCCUCUAACAGCAGUCAUCAAGACUUGACUGAGGCAACAAGAGAGACUUUUGAAUCAACUAAUGCAGAGACAUCACACUUUCCUGGAGCGGAUUUAGUUUCAUCGUCAAUUCAAACAGAAGAUCCAACUAGUGGUGUCUCUCCUUUAAGCAGACAAAACGUCUACAUGUCUCAGUUGUCUGCGGAACAUCUGGACCCUUCUGCAUCUAGGAGAAGACAUGAAUUAAGAGUAAUUCUUGAAAACCCCAAAAUAAAUUUUCAAAAAGCAUCUCCAUCAAGACAAGGAUUGAAUCAAAGGAGAAAUAACAAAAUACACAGGACUGAAGAUACAGAGGACAAUAACCCUUCUAUGGGGACUGUAGAAAGCUCUUCCAUCUCCAGUGCAGCUCAGCAGCCUGCUUGGAUCAAGACCUGCACUUUAGCUUCUUUCAAUCUGAUUCAAAGAGUAACUGGGGUUUGUGUGCACAUAGCUGGAAGAGUUUUCCAAAGGCUUUCUGUAUUUUUGAUGUCUUUAUCAGAUAGAGUUCUGACACUGGUUCCUGAAAAUUUUAUUUGAAUCUUUAUAGCAAUUCCAUUACUUAUAGUUGAGCUCUCAAAAUAAGGCCAGGCUGGUACACCUAACAAUCAAAGAAUAACCUUUUAAUAACUAUUUCAGUAAAUAUGAUUUUAAUGGUUAUUUGGUGAUCUGUUAAUAUUUUGUUUUAUUACCACAGAAGAUGCUGGGAUAUGCUUAUAGUCUUACAUUUUAUAACAGAAAGGAUCACCUGGGUUUUGUUUAAACUCUAACUUUUAGUAUGACAUAGAUAACCUGGGUAAAUACCAAAAAAAUAUAUUUUUUUAAAAGGAAACCUUAUCUAAACCAAACAGGGAUGAUGUAAAACAUGUAAAAACAUUUAAAUGAAGAAAAAAGAAAUAUUUUCAUACGUGGGUUCUCUCCUGGUGCUCAGGCUUGCCCAACAGUUCAAAAACAUGACUAUUAGGUUCAUUGGUCUCUCUAAAUUGUACUGUUUUAUUCUUAUUCGAACUUAUAUUUUUGUGUUAUUCCCAAUUGAUAUUAAUGUCAUGUUAAACUUAAAAGAAUGUCUUCAGUUAAAAUACUUUAUGUAGUCCAUUUGAUUUGUUUUCUUAGUCAAGACCAAUUUGUCUUUUGAAAUGUAUGUUCUGUGAAACAAUUAAAAUAUUUAUAAUAAAACAAUACAAACCACUGAAGAAAUACAGUUGAACAAAAAUCUUUUAAUAAUCUCUUUCUCCAUUCAAAAUUCCAUUUUCCUUUUAAUAAUAAAUGAAAUUGUGCUUUGUAAUCACCAAACUGCUAAGUAAUAUCAGCAGAGUCCUACAAGGCAAGACUUUCAUUCAAGUCCAACAUCCUACUGCUCAUUUAUAAAAAUGAAAUUAACACAAAUCACCAACAGUAGGUUCUGAAAGUUCAAUCUGAUAAAAUACCUCUACAUUGUUCCCUGUAUAAGUAACCUCUGCAGCAAACGACUGUUUUCUGCUCCACCAUCUAUAAUCUUCUCACUCUCUAGCAUCUUCAGUACUGGCUUUCCGAGG